GAGCAGCGGCAAGGCGGCGACUCUGCGCGUGGGCGGUGGCUCGCGAAUAGCAGCAAGGCACAGACUUCGGUGAAGGUCGAGCAUUCUGUCGUCGAAGAUGGUGCACGUCGAGCUCGACCCUGCGGACGAGUGGUCCGAGUCCGACGUCUCGGAAGAUGUCUCCGACUCCGAAGUUGGCGAUGGCCUGGACUGGCUCGACGCCGUUGAGGGCCCUGAUGGCUCAGCCCGGCCAUCCGCCGCCUUCUCGACCGUCGGAGGCGUGGCCGUGGCGCGGAGGCCGAACGCCCACGGUGGCGUGCUCUCCCGCCCUUUUCAGCCGCUCUCCAACCGCACACAGAGGCUCGCCUCCCACAUGCGGGCCACGCCCUUGGAGGAGUGGGAAGGUAGAAUGAACGUGGGGAUGUCAAAUUCGGUAACGACUGCAAUCAGGGACAGCAUAAGGGACACAGCAAUUGGCAAAACAAGGAACCAUGAGAAGGCCGAUCGUGCUACGGUGGAACAUGCCAUUGACCCAAGAACACGCAUGGUUCUGUUCAAGAUGUUGAAUGGUGGUGCUUUCAAUAAUAUAAAUGGCUGCAUUUCUACAGGAAAGGAGGCAAAUGUCUAUCAUGCAACAAAGAUAGAUGGCCAGGAGCUAGCAAUCAAAGUCUAUAAAACCUCUGUCCUUGUAUUUAAGGAUAGAGACAGAUAUAUUCAAGGAGAUUAUCGUUUUAGAUAUGGUUACUGCAAGCAUAAUCCCCGGAAAAUGGUUAAGACCUGGGCUGAAAAGGAAAUGAGAAAUCUUAAACGAGUGAGAGCAGCUAAAAUUCGAUGCCCAGAACCAUUGCUCCAGAAGCUUCAUGUAUUGGUGAUGAAAUUCAUAGGGAAAGGAGGUUGGGCGGCUCCUCGUCUUAAGGAUGCUGCUUUGUCGGAUGACAAGCUGCGUGAAGCUUACUUUGAGAUUGUUACGAUAAUGAGGACACUUUACCAAAAGUGCAAGCUGGUCCAUGGCGAUUUGAGUGAAUAUAACAUUCUUUAUUUUGAGGGCCACUUACAUAUCAUUGAUGUUUCGCAAUCAGUUGACCUCGAUCACCCUUUGGCGUUGGACUUCUUAAAGGAAGAUUGUUUGCAUGUUUCUGACUUCUUUAAGAAACGAGGUGUUGGUGUCAUGACAGUAACAGAUCUAAUUAAUUUUGUGAUUGAUCGAAACAUUGUGGAUGACGAUGUGGACGAUUACCUAGAACAGGUUCAGCAAAAGAUGUUGGAGAAUGGAGAUAUACUCGCAAAUGAUGAUGAAAUAUCUCCAACAGUCAUGGUGCAGGUAAGAUUAACGUUGGAUUAUAUGAAGCAGUGUGAGGCUGAUGUAGCCAACAUGUCAAUGUUGCAAGGCCCAUCCUUCUUGGGUUAUGAGCCACCAGCGGAUAAGCUUUAUAACCAGCCAUUGCUAGGAUUUGUGCGGGCUGAAAGAAACACGCGUAGUGAUGAAAAGCAGCAAGAAGAGUUGCCACAUAACGCAGUGAAUGUGCAAAAUAAGUGGUCGUUGCAAAGUACUCCCAAGAUGGGACCUGAGGAGAGGAAGGCUGCUCGGAAGGAGAUGAAGAAGAAAGUGAAAGAAGAGAAGAGAGAAAAACGGCAGACAAAGAGGCCCAAGGCCGUGAAGAAGAAGAAGAAGAAAAUGGCAAAAGCAAAGUGCACGCGGUAGCAAUCUCUGCGGGCAACAUUCCGCCAAUUUAUUCUGAAUGAAUUCCGUGAGAUAGUGUUUAUAACGAGAAAGGAUGAUGCUUGUCCAGUGAUGACGCAAUC